AUCUGUAUUGUGUACUGUAAUAUUUUGAAGUGACACCUAAAUAACAUGUUUUAACUCUAGGACUGAAGAGCAGGAGGUUCCCACUAACACUGGACAGGAUGAGAGUGUCCUCAUAGAGCUGCCUUUGUGCUGCUGUCUGUCCUAAAGUCUUCAGAAGAGCCCUUGUCUUAACACUGGUCAGUGAGUCAGAAAGCGAAGUAAAAAGGUAUGUUUGGAUUAGUCUGAUGUUUUUAAUAAUUUCUGUAUGGUGAUGACAAAGACACAUUUCCAUCCUAUUCUAUUCUAUUAUUUUCUAUUCUAUUAUAUAGUUUAGACUUCAUGACCACAAAGAUAUCUAUCUCUCUGUUUAUCAGAUCCACAUGCUUAAAUGAUUUGAGUAGCAUACAGUGCCUGGCAAAAGUAUUCAUCCCCGUUGGCGUUAGUCCUAUUUUGUUGCAUUACAACCUGUAAUUUAAAUGGAUUUUUAUUUGGAUUUAAUGUAAUGGACAUACACAAAAUAGUCAAAAUUGGUGAAGAGGAAUGAAAAAAAUUACUUAUUUCAAGAAAUUCUAAAAAAUAAAUAACGGAAAAGUGGUGCGUGAAUAUAUAUUCACCCCCUUUGCUAUGAAGCCCCUAAAUAAGAUCUAGUGCAACCAAUUACCUUCAGACGUCACAUAAUUAGUUAAAUAAUGUCCAACUGUGUGCAAUCUAAGUGUCACAUGAUCUGUCACAUGAUUUCAGUAUAUAUACACCUGUUCUGAAAGGCCCCAGAGUCUGCAACACCACUAAGGCAUGUGGGAGACUCCCCAAACAUAUGGAAGAAGGUACUCUGGUCAGAUGAGACUAAAGUUGAGCUUUUUGGCCAUCAAGGAAAACGCUAUGUCUGGCGCAAACCCAACACCUCUCAUCACCCCGAGAACAUCAUACCCACAGUGAAGCAUGGUGGUGGCAGCAUCAUGCUGUGGGGAUGUUUUGCCGGAAUGAUGAAUGCCGCUUAAUACAGGGAUAUUCUUGAGGGAAACUUGUUUCAGUCUUCCAGAGAUUUGAGACUGGGACGGAGGUUCACCUUCCAGUAGGACAAUGACCCUAAGCAUACUGCUAAAGCAACACUCGAGUGGUUUAAGGGGAAACAUUUAAAUGUCUUGGAAUGGCCUAGUCAGAGCCCAGACCUCAAUCCAAUUGAGAAUCUGUGGUAUGACUUAAAGAUUGCUGUACACCAGCGGAACCCAUCCAACUUGAAGGAGCUGGAGCAGUUUCGCCUUGAAGAAUGGGCAAAACUCCCAGUGGCUAGAUGUGCCAAGCUUAUAGAGACAUACCCCAAGAGACUAGCAGCUGUAAUUGCUGGAAAAGGUGUCUCUACAAAGUAUUGACUUUGGGGGGGUGAAUACUGGUGGACUUUAUUUAACUAAUUAUGUGACUUCUGAAGGUAAUUGGUUGCACCAGAUCUUAUUUACAGGCUUCAUAGCAAAGGGGGUGAAUAUACACUGCUAAAAAAAAUAAAGGGAACACUAAAAUAACACAUCCUAGAUCUGAAUGAAUGAAAUAAUCUUAUUAAAUACUUUUUUCUUUACAUAGUUGAAUGUGCUGACAACAAAAUCACACAAAAAUUAUGAAUGGAAAUCAAAUUUAUCAACCCAUGGAGGUCUGGAUUUGGAGUCACCCUCAAAAUUAAAGUGGAAAACCACACUACAGGCUGAUCCAACUUUGAUGUAAUGUCCUUAAAACAAGUCAAAAUGAGGCUCAGUAGUGUGUGUGGCCUCCACGUGCCUGUAUGACCUCCCUACAAAGCCUGGGCAUGCUCCUGAUGAGGUGGCGGAUGGUCUCCUGAGGGAUCUCCUCCCAGACCUGGACUAAAGUAUCCGCCAACUCCUGGACAGUCUGUGGUGCAACGUGGCGUUGGUGGAUGGAGCGAGACAUGAUGUCCCAGAUGUGCUCAAUUGGAUUCAGGUCUGGGGAACGGGCGGGCCAGUCCAUAGCAUCAAUGCCUUCCUCUUGCAGGAACUGCUGACACACUCCAGCCACAUGAGGUCUAGCAUUGUCUUGCAUUAGGAGGAACCCAGGGCCAACCGCACCAGCAUAUGAUUUCACAAGGGGUCUGAGGAUCUCAUCUCGGUACUUAAUGGCAGUCAGGCUACCUCUGGCGAGCACAUGGAGGGCUGUGCGGCCCCCCAAAGAAAUGCCACCCCACACCAUGACUGACCCACCGCCAAACCGGUCAUGCUGGAGGAUGUUGCAGGCAGCAGAACGUUCUCCACGGCAUCUCCAGACUCUGUCACGUCUGUCACGUGCUCAGUGUGAACCUGCUUUCAUCUGUGAAGAGCACAGGGCGCCAGUGGCGAAUUUGCCAAUCUUGGUGUUCUCUGGCAAAUGCCAAACGUCCUGCACGGUGUUGGGCUGUAAGCACAACCCCCACCUGUGGACGUCGGGCCCUCAUACCACCCUCAUGGAGUCUGUUUCUGACCGUUUGAGCAGACACAUGCACAUUUGUGGCCUGCUGGAGGUCAUUUUGCAGGGCUCUGGCAGUGCUCCUCCUGCUCCUCCUUGCACAAAGGCGGAGGUAGCAGUCCUGCUGCUGGGUUGUUGCCCUCCUACGGCCUCCUCCACGUCUCCUGAUGUACUGUCCUGUCUCCUGGUAGCGCCUCUAUGCUCUGGACACUACGCUGACAGACACAGCAAACCUUCUUGCCACAGCUCGCAUUGAUGUGCCAUCCUGGAUGAGCUGCACUACCUGAGCCACUUGUGUGGGUUGUAGACUCCGUCUCAUGCUACCACUAGAGUGAAAGCACCGCCAGCAUUCAAAAGUGACCAAAACAUCAGCCAGGAAGCAUAGGAACUGAGAAGUGGUCUGUGGUCACCACCUGCAAAACCCAUCCUUUAUUGGGGGUGUCUUGCUAAUUGCCUAUAAAUUCCACCUGUUGUCUAUUCCAUUUGCACAACAGCAUGUGAAAUUUAUUGUCAAUCAGUGUUGCUUCCUAAGUGGACAGUUUGAUUUCACAGAAGUGUGAUUGACUUGGAGUUACAUUGUGUUGUUUAAGUGUUCCCUUUAUUCACGCACCACUUUUCCGUUAUUUAUUUAGAAACAAGUCUUUUUUUUAAUUUCACUUCACCAAUUUGGACUAUUUUGUGUAUGUCCAUUACAUGAAAUCCAAAUAAAAAUCAAUUUAAAUUACAGGUUGUAAUGCAACAAAAUAGGAAAAGCUACGUCACAAAUUUCACCCUAUUCCCUACAUAGUGCACUACUUUUGACCAGAGGCCAUAGGGCAAAGACAUAUACUGUAGAAAAGAGGAAGAGGUGAAAGUGUUGUUGCGCCACUAAACUGGGUCCUAGUCAUAGAGCUGGGCGAUAUCGCCCAAAAUCCAUAACACGAUAAAUUGCCUGAAUUGAUGCGAUAACGAUAAAAUAGAGCAAUACGUUUAUAACAUUAAUGUGCACCACAGUUUUUUUGAUGUAUUAUCCUUUAAACUACUACUACUAGUUUGAUGGUUGUGUGAGAGAUUUAUUAUUCUCAUAAUUGAUGGGAUGACUAACUUAGAAAGAAUACAUUCUUGACUGGGCUAAUGUAGGUUGUGUCACCUGGCAGGCUGUGAUUGAUGUGAAGAGCUGUUUUAGGAGUUAAGAUAAGAUAAUAAUUUGUGUCUCCAAAUACUAGACUAUACUGGUCCUUUGUGAUCUGUGAACCAUCCUUGGACGUAGGAAUGGUGUCUAGGGGAACUGGCUCUUCUCACUAUGACAGGUUGUUAUGAUAAACGUAUGCCUGGUAACAGAAGAGGCGGGGAACAGCCGGUGCGCCAACGGAUAGGCUGAGUAAGUCUAAACCACGCUCAAGUCUCUACUCUGAUUGGCCAGCAGAGAGGUGGGAAACUCUCUCUAUAAGAGUAUUUGAAGAACAAUCUGAAACAGUGGAUUAGUUCUCUGAAGUGCCCUGCGGGGUAUUUCGGAGAGCCCGUAUAUACGAAACAUCAUAUUUACCAUUGAAGGUUUUUGCAUUAAUUAAAAUAACUAGUAUAUCUUAGAAGUCGUGUUGACCUCUUUUGUUCCUAAUGCCAGAUUUGAAUUGACGCAACUUUGACAGUUGUAGCCAUCAAUUGUCCCAUUAACAAUCACCCAAAUGAGCAAACGUAUUUCAUUUCAAACUUCACAUUUCUCUAGUAUAGGCUACUUAUCGUAAUGAACAUUAUCGUCAAAAUGCCUGCGAUAAGUGAUCGGUAUGGUCAGUGUUAAUAAUUUUCAGUUUAUCGUCCCAGCUCUACAGUAUCUGUCAGAGUGGAUGCGGUGGUAGAGUCAAGCGCAGGACACAGAGGAUAAGUCAAAACGACUUUACUAUCACUUGAAAAUAGAAUACAAAAUAAACGGCCUCAGAACACUGGAAGGCGAACAAUUACGCGCAGUGCGUAAAACACGAAGAGACAAAAUACGCGGAGUGCGUAAACAACUAAGUAGAGCCAAGGCACCGAACCUAUCUAAACACGACAGGUGGAACAAUAACACACAAGAUACAAACAUAACAUAGGGGAACUUAUAGGUGACAUAAUCAAUACAAAAUACGAAACAGGUGCACUAACUAGACAUGACAAAACAAACAUCGAAAACAUCAAACGGUAGUAGCUAGUAUUCCGGGGACGACGAACCGCCGAAGCCUGCCCGAGCAAGGAGGAGGAGCAGCCUCGGCGGAAUCCGUGACAGUAUCAGAUACAGUAUUGGUGCUUUUCACCCCAUGUUACACAGUAAUACCACACUUUACCUUUACUCUUUACUUUUUGUUUUACAGAUGAAUGUAUUAAGCUAUAGGCUAGGUGUAUUAAGUUGUGACAAUAUUCAGCUAUGUGAAACAACACUGAAACACAAUACCGUCGUUUCUGUAUUGUCAUCUCUUGGCUCUAGAAUAGCUACACGUGUGGGCCAAAGAUAAAAACAACACAGGAAGUGCUAGCCUCUCCUGUCCUUCCAAAAACAGAUUUCAGAACACCCAGAACAAGAUAGAUUGGGGGUCAGUCAUUCUAUUGUCUUGUUGGGGACUUGGCCCUCUCUAUAUCCUCACUUUGCACACAGACAUUUAUUGUCUGCAUGUCUUGUGCUAUCCUCUCCUCCCGUGCUCCAGAUUUAGAACACUCAGAACAAAAUAGAUUGGGAUCAGUCUCACAACUGUCUUGUCUUGUUCUGUACUGUAUAUCCUACUUGGCAAACUGCCAUGUAUUGUCUGCUCGGCAAGUCUUACAUUUACACUGUAUUUCUUCUGUAGUUCUCAUAGCAAUGUUUUUGUUGCUUUAAUCUGUUUAGAGGUGAUGGCAUUGCGUUAUUAAAAUAACACUAGAUGGACAUGAUAAAAACAACGAUUUGUCUCAGACCCUGUCCUGUCCUGUUGGGGACUUAUGUUAUUUUAUUACUGAGUUAGGAUGAUAAUUUACAUGUCUGGAAGUGACUGUAUACACAGUGACCUAUUGACUGUUCUGAGGGGUAUACUACAAAGCAGAAUCAAAGAGUUAGCCAGCUAACUUUGAUAAGCAACAAUAUUUGUUGUGAUCCAAUUGACAAUAAAUAACUAUAGCUAAACUUAGAUAUGUAUUUUUGUUCAUUAAAUCAAUUAGACCAUGCCCAUUUCAAGCUUAUCUUUUAAAAAAAUUGCCACAUCCUCGAUCCUGAUGCUGCUUCGUAGUAUACCCCUCUGGUGUUUUGGUGUUUGUAUAGACCCAUGGGGCGGCGCACAAUUGGCCCAGCGUCGUCCAGGGUAGGGGAGGGAAUGGCCGGCAGGGAUGUAGCUCAGUUGGUAGAGCAUGGUGUUUGCAACGCCAGGGUUGUGGGUUUGAUUCCCACGGGGGGCCAGUAUGAAAAAAAUUAAAUAAUGUAUGCACUCACUAACUGUAAGUCGCUCUGGAUAAGAGCGUCUGCUAAAUGACUAAAAUGUAAAUGUAAAUGUAUGACGCAUGGACCUAACAUUGACCUCCUGUCAAUCUGCUGUAAAGAAAUGACCUCUUUAUGAUGGAUUUAUAUUCACAUAUUUAUCUCAAGUAUUCCCUAUUACCUUUUGUUUAGGAUGGUAUUUAAUCAAAGCUACAUUAGCUGACACAUUAACUGAAACCAACUGUGAUUUCCUGUGUUAAUACUACACCAAUGUGGGUUUGAUUGAAUUGAGGGUCUGGUAAAAUAAUUAUGCACUAUAUAGGGAAUAGUGUGCUAUUUGUGAUUCAGCGUGUAUGUUUAUGGAUAUAUUACAUCAUUCAAUGUCCUUUAUUCCUGUCUUUUCCAGAUCUGCUUCACCAUGGCACAGUGGACGCAGAUGAAACAGCUGAUUCCCUAUCUGGCCACACAGACCCUCAACGAGCUCUACUCCCCCUCCUUUCCCAUGGACGUCAGGUGCUACCUGGCCAACUGGAUCGAGGAGCAGAGAUGGUAUGACACAAAAACUCAUGCAAGAAUGCAUGCACGCACACAUAAAGCACACAUACAGUCUGAAUUUGCACAAAUAAAAGUGGAAAAGGGGACAAAUGCACCCUAAUCUCUUGCUCUCUCUCGCUCGCUCUCUCUCUCUCGCUCUCUCUCUCUCUCUCUCUCGCUCCCUCUCAUACUCUCUCUCUCUCUCUAGGGAGGACUUUGAGCCAGAGAAGGUAGACCAGAAGCCCCAGGCUCUGACCCUACUGGAUCAGAUCAUAUCCUGCCUACAGAGUCUGGCCGGGCAGAACCCCAACGUGGUGGAAAAGAUGAGGCUGCAGCACAUCUCCAGGAACAUGGUACAAUAGAUACACACACGCACACACACACACACACACUUAUCCUCUCCACCAAACACACACACACACUUGUCAGGACUUUUUGGGGAGUAAAAUCCAAUUUUCCCUAACUCUUACCCAAACCCCAACAUCUUUUACCUGGUGUUUUAUCUUUAUUGCCAGUGAAUUAAAAUGUGCAGCAGAUUCUCUUUCUGUCCAACAAUAAGAACCUCAGUCUUAUCUUGAUUUAGCAGCAGGAAGUUGUGAGCCAUCCAAGUAUUUACAGUUUUUCUCGAUUGCUAAGACACUUUUAUUGAAACUGGGGUCCACUUGAUCUCCAUCAUAACCUAAUGAGCACAACCGUAUUUCUCAUUGCUUUCACACACAAUGCAAAUGCUAAGCACAUUUUUGCUAAACAGUUAACACAACUCUACAAAAUACGAAAAACUCAGUUGAGUAAAUCAUUUAAAAAAAAGAAAAUUGGUCACAGCUGAUACAAUGAAUGUCCCAUGAAUGUGAACCUCUUCUGUACGUGUGCAAAACUUCUUUGCACAAUUGUUCAAUCAGCAAUCAGUCCUUAUGCAUGCAUAAAAGAGGUCACCUCUCUCUGAGUUGCUGUUUGCAAGAAUGGGUCAAGUAAGAGGCCAAGAGCAAGGACAAAGGAGAGAUAGAGGGGCCCAUAGUGGGAGAUAGUUCAGCUCUGUUGAAAUGGAAAAAGGUCAAAUAAAGCCUUUUGUUUCUGGAUAUUCAUGCUCUUGAGUGACAUUCUUUAUGCAUUGACCUAACCCUAACCUUGAAUGACAACCCAGAAAAUACAGGUUUUAAAACAUACAGUUCAGUAGCCUGGGUGCCAGUCUGUUUCUGCUCUCAUGCCAACUCCUUAUGGAAUUGUCACACAUGGAGUUAGCAAGAUAGCACAAACAGAUCUUGGACCAAGCUAACAGUUCUCAGUACUCAGAGGGAACAUGUUGUCCUCAGUAAUAUUGUCAUCUUUAAUUGAAUCAACUGACCUGACUAUGUGGAUGUGGUCUGGUGGUUGAUGGGAACUCUGCCUGUCUUCCAGAGUAUGUUCCGUUCCCAGCCCCUCCAGCUGGUGCUCACAGUCAGAGAUGUCCUGAGGAAGGAGAGAGAGCUGCUCAGUCAGGCGGUAAGUGUAACAGAGCCUUUAGCUCAGCGUACCAACACAGUCUUGUGGCACAUAGGAGGGCCACAGAAACCACAGAAGCUCACUUCCAACACAAUAUAUGUUUUUGAUUGUUAAUAUGAUAAGAAAGCUGUGUGUAAAAAGAAAAUGGACUAUUUGACUUUUAAAACAUUUGAAUGUUUAAUAUGUGGGCAUAAUAGGUAAUACCAGUCCGCCCCCCUCCUCCAUAGUCUACCCAGAUCCCCUCACUCCACUUCCCCCUGGCCCCAACCCAGCCCAGGAACCCAUGGCCCCUGCCACCACCACCAGAGACGAACCUCUAAUACUUUGUCUUCCCCCUCCUUAGUCUACCCAGAUCCCGGCCCUAGCCCACAUCUCUCAACCCCCAGCCCAGGAUUCCAUGGCUGUAGCCCACACCACCAGAGAUGUGGACAUGCUGGUGCUCAAGGUGCUGGAGAUCCAGGACUGCAGACAGCAGAUCCACCAGCUGCAGGAGGAGCUCAACUGGGAGAGGCAGAACUAUGAGUCCAUUCAGGGUGAGAAAUACCAAAAACACGUAUUAUUAAGACAGGGAACCGUUAGCAUUUCCCCAUAGCAAAACAUGUCUUAAUUAGCUGUAAUGCUAAUUCGAGCUGAGCAUUUGCGUAGUGAAUAGCUAUGGGAGAGGCAGAACUAUGAAUCCAUUCCGGGGCGAGAGAUGGCUGGGGUUAAAGAGAUGAUCUGUUACUUUUGUAUACUUUUUAGCAAGUAGUUCUGGAAGUAGCGCUCAAGAGCCAAAAGUGGUCGCCGAAAAUGGCAUGCUAUGGCACAUAUAAUAUAAUAAUAUAUACCAUUUAGCAGACAUUUUUAUCCAAAUCGACUUAGUCAUGCGGGCAUACAUUAUGUGCAGAUAUGUGCACCACUUUAUUGUGCGUCUUGCUAGCUGUCAAAUGGCGAGGGGCUGAAUCUCAUUGGCUGGAACUCGAAUUGCUUGUGGGCUGGUCCACGUGGGGGAAAAUGUAGGGAAAAUGGCACCGCACAGCUUCUAGUAAAUAGUCGCUUUAAAACUAGGGAUUUUGUGGCUAAUUGAGGUAAAACAGUAAUUCUGCUCAUAGAUUAUGCAUGUAUGAACUACACAUUGACACAUCCAGCCCAAGUUUUAAAAAUACUUGUUGCUAAAGUUCCGGAGCAUAUCUUUAAGUAAGAUUUCCCCCUUAGUCAUGCAUGGACUUUUAUGGGAUGUGACGUAAAAUGUGACUUUAGUGGAGGUUAGGAUUCGUCCCUAUAUGCCACUCAGCAGACACUUUUAUCCAAAAAGACUGUAUAUAUUUAUAUUAUAUAUAUUGUAUAUUGAGUCCAUAAAUUUUUUGUGUUUGUAAUCCCUGUGGGAAUUGAGCCCACAACCUUGUCGUUGCUAGCGGCAUACAUACCAGUUGAGCCAGUUGGAACCUAACAAAUCUGGAAGGGAGCUACAGAAUUUAACACAACAUACUUCUUUGAUCUGGGUUAAAUGUUCAGACAAAUUGGCAAAUUGGCCCAUAUGGCACCCUAUUCCUUAUAUAGUGCACUACUUUUGACCAGGGCCCAUAGGCUCUGUUAAAAAGUUGUGCACUAUGUAUAGGGAAUAGGUUAUUGCCAUUUGGGACACAACCUACAUUUAUUGUAUGGAUUAUUACUCAUGCUCAGACUAGUUUGUCAACUACACUUGGCCUAAAGUAUGUGGACACCCCUUCAAAUUAGUGGAUUCGGCUAUUUCAGUCACUCCUGUUGCUGCCAGGUGUAUAAAACCGAGCACACAGCCAUGCAAUCUCCAUAGACAAACAUUGGCAGUAGAAUGGCCUGUACUGAAGAGCUCAGUAACUUUCAACGUGGCACCAUCAUAGGAUGCCAUCUUUCCUACAAGAUAGUUUGUAAAAUGUCUGCCCUGCUACAGCUGCCCCGGUCAACUGUAAGUGCUGUUAUUGUGAAGUGGAAACAUCAGCACAAGAACUGUUCGUCGGGAUCUUCAUGAAAUGGGUUUCCAUGGCCGAGCAGCCGCACACAAGCCGAAGAUCACCAUGCGCAAUGCCAAGUAUCGGCUGGAGUGGUGUAAAGCUCGCCACCAUUGGACUCUGGAGCAGUGGAAACGCGUUCUCUGGAGUGAUUAAUUACAUUUCACCACCUGACAGUCCGACGGACAAAUCUGGGUUUGGCGGAUGCCAGGAGAACGUUACCUGCCCGAAUGCAUAUCGUCAACUGUAAAGUUUGGUGGAGGAGAAAUAAUGGUCUGGGUCUGUUUUUCAUGGUUCGGGCUAGGCCCCUUAGAUCCACUGAAGGGAAAUCUUAACGCUACAGCAUACAAUGACAUUCUAGACAAUUCUGUGCUUCCAACUUUGUGGCAACAGUUUUAGGAAGGCCCUUUCCUGUUUCAGCAUGACAAUUCCCUGGUGCACAAAGCGAGGUCCAUACAGAAAUGGUUUGUCGAGAUUGGUGUGGAAGAACUUGACUGUCCUGCACAGAGCCCUGACCUCAACCCCAUCGAACACCUUUGGGAUGAAUUGGAACGCCAACUGCAAGCCAGAUUCUAUUCCAAUUCAAUGCUAGAGGCAGCAAUGCUAGAGGCAGCACGGUCGUCCUUGAACUUCCUUGGCUUCAGUGAGAGGGGGCAGUCGUUCUCCCUGACUUGUACAGCUGCCUCACGCUAUAGAAACAGGAGAUAGGCUCCUGGCCUAUGGGCCAUUCUGGCUCGGACAAGGCUACUUUGGCUGCGUUUACACAGCCAGCCCAAUUCUGAUAUUCUUUUCACUAAUUGGUCUUUUGACCAAUCAGAUUAGCUCUGAAAACGAGCUGAUGUGAAAAUAUCUGAUGUGGUUGGUCAAAAGACCUAUUAGUAUUAAUAUCCAAAUUUGGCUGCAUGUGUAAACGCAGCCUUUGCAGGCCCAAUAAAGAUACAACCUUCAUGUAUUAUAUUGUAUUUAAUUGGGUGACAGGCACUAUCCAGCAGACCCAUACCAAUGGGAUGGACUCCAGCAUGUCAGAAGUCACCAAACUCCAGAAUAACAUCAAACAGCAUGAGUACAAUGGCCAAGUCAUAGCCAAGGUAAGCUAUUACGUAACACACACAAUUGUUGUUCUCACGUGUGAGCCUGCUAUUGUUACGUCUGUCAUGAGAGACUAUACCUGAAGUUGUCCAAUUAGAACACAGAUUUCUGUUGCAAAAAUUUUGCUACGGUGUGCCCUUCUGAACGUGAUCCUGCUAUACCUGUACUCUAAUUGGCUCUCUAUGACCGGACGGCCAUCUAAACUAUGUUUGUGUGUCUCUCCCUGUAUGAACUGUUUGCCUCCAUAAGGCCGGAGUUUCCCUGUACUGAAAACUGUGUUCGCCUUUCUCUGCAUAACUCUCUCUCUAUAAGCUAAACUGUGCGUGUGUGCGUGCGUGUGUGUUUGCAGAAGCGUGUUCAGCUGCUCCAGGAGGCAGUGUCUAGUCUGGAGAAGUGUCAGUCUCGUCUGAUCAACAGGAUCAAAGCCUGGAGGUGGGAACAGCAUCAAGCUACUAUCGGACACCCCUUCGAUGACAACCUCAGCCCUCUGCAGACAUGGUGAGGCCUGUGCGUGCGUGUGUGUAUGUGUGUGCAGUGGUGGACAAAGUACAAAAUGUCAUACCUGAGUAAAAGUAAAGAUACCUUAAUAGAAAAUGAUUUGAGUAAAAGUGAAAAUGUGUCAGGGAAAAUAUAUGGAGUAAAAAGUACAUAUUAUCUUUAGGAAUGUAGUUAAAUAAAAGUAAAAGUUGUCAAAAACACAAACUAGUAAAGUAAUGUACAGAUACCCCAAAUAAAAUACUUAAAGAGCGACUGCCUUUAAAAAGCAAUGAAUCCCUUUGAAAACUAUGUGGCAUCAAUAUGAGUCAGAAACUGUUAUUCUAGUGUCAAAAUGGACAACAGAGUGUAAAUAGCAUCAUUUUGGUCAUAAACUGUCUCGUCUAAAGCGGAGAUUGGAACAUUCAUGCGUCACAACGGGUAAAUCUAAGGUUGGGUUUUGAUUUGAUUUGACAAUGUCCAUUUGGCCACAAACAUGGGGUGAACAGCUGCAGUGAUUGCUCUCUAUCCAAUAGCAUAGACGGUGAGACAGACCUACCAAGCAGCUCCGACUUUGUUUACAUAAGACAACACGUCGUGCAUUUUUUCUUGAGAAAUACUGCACCAAACACCUUAGUUGGAUGUAAAAUUGGGCAACUAAAACAUCCUCGUUAAAAACAUCAAUUUAUUGCAGAUUUCUUGAGUUAUCUUAGAGUCAUUCUGGGGAUUAUGAUAAAGUGAAAUAGGCUUCCACGUCUACAGUGUCUCAUGUGGCAUAAACAUUAUUAACCAAACUUGGAAUCGGUCAGGAAACACACCUCCAAGACUGAAAUCUUGUUUUUCUAAUGAGCAACAGAAAAACACACGUGCCAAUUGACGUGUUCAGUGGCUCUUUAAGUAGUACUUUAAAUAUUUUUACUUAAGUACUUUGUGUGUGUGUGUGCAUGUGUGCGUAAUUGGUUUUGGCAAUAACCUCAGCCCUCUGCAGACAGGGCGAUGUCACGAUCGUCGUAGUAAUGAGUAGACCAAGGCGCAGCGUGAGAAACAAACAUGACUUUAAUUAGUUAAAGUUUCUAAACAAAACAAAACACGACUCGUGAAGUCCACGGUGACAAUGACCGAACACGGAACAAAAACCCACAACACCCAAGGGAAAACAUACAGUUUAAAUAUGGCUCCCAAUCAGAGACAACCAGCCGACAGCUGACACUCAUUGCCUCUGAUUGGGAGUCACACAGGCAAACAUAGAAACAGACAACCUAGAACACCCAAACAAAGAAACAGAACACAUAGAAUGAACACACCCUGGCUCAACAUAUAGAGUCCCAGAGCCAGGGUGUGACAGUACCCCCCCCCUAAAGGCGCGGACUGCGACCGCGCCUCAACUAAAGCAAAACAGGGGAGGGCUGGGCGGGCAUACCUCCUCGGCGGCGGUUCUGCCUCCGGCCUUGACCACCACCCUCCAAUGAACCCCCCAUAGCGCCCCUGGUCCAGUCUGGCUCCGCUGGCUGGACCUGACCUGGACGUAGCAGGAGCGGCUAGCUUCAGCUCCGUUGGGGAGCAAUAAAGCGGUACCUGAUCUGGCACCGAUGACCCAGGCACGGGUUGUGCCGGACUGACGACUCGCACCCCUGGCUUGGUGCGAGUGGCAGGAACGAGCCGGGCCGGGCUGGCGACGCGCACCGUAGGCUUGGUGCGUGGAACAGGGACAGGCCGGGCUGGGCUGUCGACGCACACCGUAGGCUUGGUGCGUGGAGCAGGGACAGGCCGGACCGUACUGGGAACACACACCACUGGCCUUAAACGGGGAUCAGGAACGGGCCGGACCGGACUGGCAAUACACCUCAGUACCUCUCGCCGUGCCUCUACAACUUCCUUCCCUCCUCUCGCCAAUGGCUCCCGUAACCCGGUGGCCUUCUCUCCUCGUCUCCCAUUUCGCCCUGUGGCAGCCUCCUGCUGCCCAGUCGCCCAUGCCGUGUGCCCCCCCUAAAAAUUUCUUGGGGUUGCCUCUCGCCUGUCCGACGUUGACCCGUUUGGCGCCGCUGCUCCUCUCCUGCCUGGGUCUCCCCCUUUAUCGCCUUCCGGUACCGGAUGGCCUCCUCCUCAGUAAUCUGCCCCCAACCGAGGAGGACAUCCACAAGAGUCACCUCCUGCGUGUGUUCCUGGACACGCUGCUUGGUCCUGGUAUGGUGGGUUUUUCUGUCACGAUCGUCGUAGUAAUGAGUAGACCAAGGCGCAGCGUGAGAAACAAACAUGACUUUAAUAGUUAAAGUAUACCAAACAAAACAAAACAAAACACGACUCGUGAAGUCCACUGUGACAAUGACCGAACACGGAACAAAAACCCACAACACCCAAGGGAAAACAUACAGUUUAAAUAUGGCUCCCAAUCAGAGACAACCAGCCGACAGCUGACACUCGUUGCCUCUGAUUGGGAGUCACACAGGCAAACAUAGAAACAGACAACCUAGAACACCCAAACAAAGAAACAGAACACAUAGAAUGAACACACCCUGGCUCAACAUAUAGAGUCCCAGAGCCAGGGUGUGACAGGCGAGGCCUGUAGCAGCAGAGAAAAUAAAAAAGUAUGUUUUAAAUGUAUUCAUAUAUUUAUUUUAGCAGGAAAGAUAUUACAAUGACAUAUCACAGUCAACAUCAAUGCGGGGGUAGAGAGCAGAGACCUGAGUCAAAUAUGCAUAACAACAGCAUCCCUUCAUAAACAUAGAGAUCUACUCACAUAGGCUACCUGUAAACAGUCACCCAUACCACAAAGAUGUUCAGACACCUGAGAAGCUAUGAUACCCUCAAGCAUACUGAGCCCAUGUACAUACGCGCAGACACAUGCCCACCUGCACAUACCUCCAUGCGCACGCAUACCUGACUGCAUCCAUCCAUAUACAGUGGGGAAAAAAAGUAUUUAGUCAGCCACCAAUUGUGUAAGUUCUCCCACUUAAAAAGAUGAGAGAGGCCUGUAAUUUUCAUCAUAGGUACACGUCAACUAUGACAGACAAAAUGAGGAAAAAAAAUCCAGAAAAUCACAUUGUAGGAUUUUUAAUGAAUUUAUUUGCAAAUUAUGGUGGAAAAUAAGUAUUUGGUCAAUAACAAAAGUUUCUCAAUACUUUGUUAUAUACCCUUUGUUGGCAAUGACACAGGUCAAACGUUUUCUGUAAGUCUUCACAAGGUUUUCACACACUGUUGCUGGUAUUUUGGCCCAUUCCUCCAUGCAGAUCUCCUCUAGAGCAGUGAUGUUUUGGGGCUGUCGCUGGGCAACACGGACUUUCAACUCCCUCCAAAGAUUUUCUAUGGGGUUGAGAUCUGGAGACUGGCUAGGCCACUCCAGGACCUUGAAAUACUUCUUACGAAGCCACUCCUUCGUUGCCCGGGUGGUGUGUUUGGGAUCAUUGUCAUGCUGAAAGACCCAGCCACGUUUCAUCUUCAAUGCUCUUGCUGAUGGAAGGAGGUUUUCACUCAAAAUCUCACGAUACAUGGCCCCAUUCAUUCUUUCCUUUACACGGAUCAGUCGCCCUGGUCCCUUUGCAGAAAAACAGCCCCAAAGCAUGAUGUUUCCACCCCCAUGCUUCACAGUAGGUAUGGUGUUCUUUGGAUGCAACUCAGCAUUCUUUGUCCUCCAAACACAACGAGUUUUUUUUACCAAAAAGUUAUAUUUUGGUUUCAUCUGACCAUAUGACAUUCUCCCAAUCCUCUUCUGGAUCAUCCAAAUGCACUCUAGCAAACUUCAGACAGGCCUGGACAUGUACUGGCUUAAGCAGGGGGACACGUCUUGCACUGCAGGAUUUGAGUCCCUGGCGGCGUAGUGUGUUACUGAUGGUAGGCUUUGUUACUUUGGUCCCAGCUCUCUGCAGGUCAUUCACUAGGUCCCCCCGUGUGGUUCUGGGAUUUUUGCUCACCGUUCUUGUGAUCAUUUUGACCCCACGGGGUGAGAUCUUGCGUGGAGCCCCAGAUCGAGGGAGAUUAUCAGUGGUCUUGUAUGUCUUCCAUUUCCUAAUAAUUGCUCCCACAGUUGAUUUCUUCAAACCAAGCUGCUUACCUAUUGCAGAUUCAGUCUUCCCAGCCUGGUGCAGGUCUACAAUGUUGUUUCUGGUGUCCUUUGACAGCUCUUUGGUCUUGGCCAUAGUGGAGUUUGGAGUGUGACUGUUUGAGGUUGUGGACAGGUGUCUUUUAUACUGAUAACAAGUUCAAACAGGUGCCAUUAAUACAGGUAACGAGUGGAGGACAGAGGAGCCUCUUAAAGAAGAAGUUACAGGUCUGUGAGAGCCAGAAAUGUUGCUUGUUUGUAGGUGACCAAAUACUUAUUUUCCACCAUAAUUUGCAAAUAAAUUCAUUAAAAAUCCUACAAUGUGAUUUUCUGGAUUUUUUUUUCUCAAUUUGUCUGUCAUAGUUGACGUGUACCUAUGAUGAAAACUACAGGCCUCUCUCAUCUUUUUAAGUGGGAGAACUUGCACAAUUGGUGGCUGACUAAAUACUUUUUUCCCCCACUGUAAAACAACUUAUCUAGGCAAAUAACUAUUAAAAAGCUAAAGCCUAUGGGUAAACACCUAUACAAAUGAAGACUCUCAAGUUUCCGAUUGGUUAAGCAAAUGUUCAAUCCACGUGUGUUGUGUUUGAAAAUUAGAGCCUUUUUAUGCAAACUGUCUGUAAAGGUUAAUCCUCUGUGAAUGACUGGUUUGUCUAAUCAGUUAUGACACACACAAACAUUUGUUUAUGUUUGCAGAUGUAUGAUUUGAAGUGUGAUAUUGCUUUGUGACCUUCUGCCAUUUCUCUCUCUCUCUCUCUCCCUCACCUACCCCCCACCUCUCGCUCGCUCUCCCUCCCUCCCCCAUCCCUCUGUCUAUUUCCCUACUCUCUCUCUACCUCCCCCCUAUCUAUCUCCCUCCCCCUUCUCUCUGAUUUAAUUUAACACCCUCUCUCUUCCUCUUCGAGGUGUGAACAACUCUUGGGGGUGAACGGGAAGUUGAGACAGGAAGUGAUGCUGGCCGGGGAGCCAAUCCCAGAGCUGCAAGAGAAACUGGGACGUCUGCUGCAAACUCUAAUCCAGAGGUCGGUUGUGUCACCUAUAACAGUGUGCUACUUAUGACCAGGGCCAAUAAGACUGGUUAAAAAUGUAGUGCACUAUAUAGGGAAUGCUGUUAGUUCUAUGUUCUUAAUCACUUGCAUAGUCCCCUAAAAAGUCCCCUGUCCUCUAUAUGUUUUGUAUUUUGUAUUGUCCUGUAAUCUCGGUUAACCCAGAACUAAAAUCGUGUAUUAUUUGAUACCAUUUAUGUUUACGUAGUCUGUCCAUGAGAAAUUAUAUGUCCUGUAAGGAGUUUUAAAGAUGCAAAUCAAAUUUCUGUGGAAACAGACAAUAAAAGCUUAUCUCAGUCAAUGACACUGAAGUUAUCCCUCAUUGACUGUGCUUUCAACCCAACUGUAGGCUUAUUCAAAUACAGCUUUGUGUUUUCUUGAUAUGUUUGAUAGUGAUCUAAUUCGUUAAUGUAGUGGUAUUAUGUAUUAGAAAACACAUUUGCCUUCACUGAAAUGUCUUCAGUUUGAAAACUAAACUACUGGGAACCCACUUAGGUCAUUGACUAACGUUGUCCUUUAUGACCUGCCAGUCAGCCAGCCCACUGGACACAGAUGUCAGUUCAACAUCUAGUUUUGAUUUGAUUUACAUUUGAUUGAGUUGUCAACUAACGUGAAUUCUAUGUGCAAUCAACAAAUAUUUAAAAGAUGUUUAGGUUAAAAGUUGGGUAAAAAAAAAAAACAUUCACAAAAUUCCUUUACGUUGAUGACUUUUUGCAAAUCCAAUCAGUUUUCCAUGUUUAUUCAACGUCAUCACAUAUAUUUUUUGUUGAAAUUACAUGAAAACAACGUUGAUUCAACCAAUUUGUGCAGUGGGAGGGCCUUUCUACCACCUAGUGUUAUGCCUGAGUCAUAUUGUUGUUGCUAGUCAUCAUGUUUGGGUGUUAUUUUCCUUUUUCAGGAAAUGCUCAGAAUUGACAAUGUUUCCCCAGACAAGCACCCCAUUCCUAUAGAAACCUUUAGUAGUGCGCACAUACCAGCAUACUAUUGACUCAUUUUACUAAGUCAUGUUUCCUCUCCUGUGCUGUCCUGUUGCAGCUCUCUGGUGGGGUCAUUAUGGCUACCAGUCCACACAUCACAGACCCAUUGAUCAUUCUACAAAUUCUAUUUCUAUGGUUACAGCUCCCUGAUGGUGGACAAGCAGCCUCCCCAGGUGAUUAAGACCCAGUCUAAGUUCUCCACCACGGUGCGCUACCUGCUGGGGGAGAAAGUGGCACCCGGGAAACCAGUCCUCCUCAAGGCCCAGAUCAUCACUGAGGCCCAGGCUAGGAACCUCGGACAGCUGGGCUGUGUACCCAGGUCAGUGAUGUAGCGGAUUGCUUCUCAACCUUUUUUGUACCAGGGACAGGCAAGCUACAGUCUUUUUUGUGUCGGGACCAGCACGUUAUGGUCCUUCCUCCUGUGAGGUUGAGGAAUGCUUCCAUCAGCGAACAGGAUGUUGAAAAACACUGUGGUGGAUGGUUAAGUUAGCAUCGCUACUGUCUUGCUGAACUACAGUGGGUAUCAUAAGUAUUCACCCCCCUGGAUUUCUUCACAUUUUAUUGUGUUACAAAGUGGGAUUAAAAUGUCAUUUUUUACAUUGGAGUCAUUUAGCAGACGGUCUUAUCCAAAGCGACUUACAGGAGCAAUUAGGGUUAAGUGCCUUGCUCAAGGGCACAUUUUUCACCUAGUCGGCUCUGGGAUUCGAACCAGCAAACUUUUGGUUACUGGCCCAACACUUUUAACCGCAAAGCUACCUUUUUGUCCAUGAUCUACACAACAUAAUCAAAGUGGAGGAAAAAUAAAACACAAUAUAUACCUUGAUUAAAUAAGUAUUCACCCCCUAAGUCAAUACAGGUUAGAAACACCUUUGGCAGCGAUUACAGCUGUGAGUCUUGGGUAAGUCUCUAAGAGCUUUACACACCUGGAUUGUGCAAUAUUUGCCCAUUCUUCUUUUCAAAGUUCUUCAAGCUCUGUCAGUGUGUUGGGGAUCAUGGCUAGACAGCAAUUUUCAAGUCUUCCUUAGAUUUUCAAGCAGAUUGAAGUCAUAACUGUAACGUGGACCACUCAGGAACAUUCACUGUCUUCUUGGUAAGCAAGUCCAAUGUAGAUUUGGCCUUGUGUUGUAAGUUAUUUUCCUGCUGAAAGGUGAAUUCCUCUCCCAGUGUCUGGCUUAAAGCAGACUGAAGCAGGUUUUCCUCUAGGAUUUUGCCUGUGCUUAGCUCCAUCCCGUUUCUUUUUAUCCUGAAAAACUCCCCAGUCUUUGCAGAUGUCAAGCAGAUGCAGCCAUCACCAUGCUGGAAAAUAAGGAGGGAGUUACUCAGUGAUGUGUUAUGUUGGAUUUGCCCCAAACGUAAGGCUUUACAUUUAGGCCCAAAAAUGUAUUCCUCUGCCGUGUUUUUUUGUUUGUUGCAGUAUUACUUUAGUGCCUUGUUGCAAACAGUAUGCAUGUUUUGGAAUAUUUUUAUUCUGUAUAGUUGUAUUCUUCUUUUCUGAGGGACCUUACAGAUGUUGUAUGUAUGGAGGACAGAGGAAGAGUUAGUCAUUCAAAAAUCAUGUCAACCCCUAUUAUUUCACACAGAGUGAGUCUACGCAACUUAUUAUGUGAUUUGUUAAGCCAAAUUUUACUCCUGUGUGAAAUUUAGGCUAUGCAACGACUAUAUUUUUGUUAUGUAAUUUGUGUUAAUUGGAAGAAAUAUUAGAAUUUGCUUUUUACUUUGACAUUAUGGAGUAUUUUGUGGAGAUCAAUGACCAAAAAAAUCACAACUAAAUCUAUUUCAAUAACACUUUGUAACGCAACAAAAUGUGGGAAAAAUUCAAGGGGUGGGGGGUGAAUACUUAUAAUACCCACUGUAUGAGACAUGAAGCAUUGUUAUCCCAGACCCAGGAAUGCCAUGACAUGGUUUGUGAUCAGAAGGUAGAGAAAAGCUAUAGAGGUGAAUUGGUCUGUUAAAGCUCCUGCCAAAUGUCCUUUUGUAGUCUACAUCAUUUUUCCACCAGUGGGAGAUUUUGGAUUGAGGAAGUUAAAUGAACUUCCUCAAACUCAUUUAAGAUUGUCUAUUUCUUUGUUUACAUAUGACUGCUAGCAUUUGGCUUCCUCUAUUACUUGUUUACACUUAGCCCACACAGUCACUUAGAUAAAAUGCAUACAAACUAGCAUACUCAAGACGUUGCCCUAGAAAAUAUUGUAAACCCAUGACAAGAUGGCCAAAGAAGAGUCUUCUCUCAGAGAGUGAACGUUAUUUAUAAUAAGGGUUACAUGGAGAAAAUCUGACCGCUCUGGAAUGAAAAUGGAUGGCCCUCCCUUCAGCAAAAUAUAUUUGACCUAAACCCUCCCGGAAUGCUUAAAAGAAAACAAAAUGACCGUCCCCUAUACCCAAAAUAAUGAUUAAAACAAAGUGGAUAGCAGAGAACAUGUCUACCGUUUACCCUGACUUCUUGGACAGACCAGAGCCUGUGAUUAAUGUGAUUAGAAGGAGUCAGGCGCAGGAGGGUAAAUCACUGAAUACAGAGUUUAUUCCGUCGUACACAGUUGCGCUAGAUAGCGACAACAAAAUACAGGCAAAGGGGAAUAAUCUACCCCGGCAAUACAAGGUACGAGUAGCUCCAACAAAAUACAGGCACAGGGGAAUAAUCUACCCCGGCAAUACAAGGUAUGAGUAGAUCCAACAAAAUACAGGCACAGGGGAAUAAUCUACCCCGGCAAUACAAGGUACGGGUAGCUCCAACAAAAUACAGGCACAGGGGAAUAAUCUACCCCGGCAAUACAAGGUACGGGUAGCUCCAACAAAAUACAGGCACAGGGGAAUAAUCUACCCCGGCAAUACAAGGUACGGGUAGCUCCAACAAAAUACAGGCACAGGGGAAUAAUCUACCCCGGCAAUACAAGGUACGAGUAGCUCCACCGAGCUACACUCAACUCACAUAAAACAAUCACCCACAAGGACAAGGGGGCAGAGGGAGCACUUAUACAUGGACUAAUGAGGGGAUAUGAACCAGGUGUGUGUAAUUGACAAGACAAGACAAAUGGAAUGAUGAUAUAUGGAGCGGCAGUGGCUAGUAAGCCGGUGACGACGAACGCCGAAGCCUGCCCGAACAAGGAGGGGAGGCAGCCUCGGCGGAAGUCAUGACAGAGCCUUAGAUAUGCCGUUUUAGAAACUGUUCUUCAUCCUGUAAGCAUUACAUGGCAACGCAGGCAUUUUGAUAGCGCACAGGGCCAAAAGGUUGUGGCUUCACAGACCACCGUGGACAAGAGUAUGGGUGGAAAUAUCUCCUUUAUAGUAAAAGCGUUGCAUGAAUUUAUCAUUGUAUUUGCAGGUCCAAGAAAAAGUGCAGUUUAUACAAAUUUCUUGCAAUUCUAUGUCAUUUUACAUAUUUUUUUAUACCACACAAAUGGCCAAAAUUACAGGCUAAGAAUGGACAGAGAGAUAAGCCUGUGUUCAUCAGAGUAGGCCUACCAACUCAGAAAAAUGUAAACAUUAACUGCUGGCUACUCCUCUUCCAUGGCUUAACAUUUUACAUUUUAGUCAUUUAGCAGACGCUCUUAUCCAGAGUGACAUACAGUAGUGAGUUCAUACAUAUUUUUAUUUUUUUCAUACUGGUCCCCCGUGGGAAACGAACCCACAACCCUGGCGUUGCAAACACCAUGCUCUACCAACUGAGCUACACAGGACUAGCGCACAGGGCCAAAAGGUUGUGGCUUCACGUAACAAGAGAGGGUCCCAAGUGUUUCUCUAAAAGCUGUCUGGGUUUAAACAUCUUCUAUUGUACAGAAAGUAAAUAGCUUAAUCAAUUGAUAGUGACAGAAUUAGUUUACUUCCCAAGCAAAGUCAAUUUUUUGUCUCCUCAGCUAUAAAAGGUUGUAGGUCAGCCUCUGAAUGUCAAAUAGACUAAACAAUGAUAUACAUCGGAGUCACAUCUUUCCUUGUUUCUAGCAUAAAGCAUCACGGACUUUAUAUAAUCGGAUCCGUUUAGUUUUCUUCAGAAUCUUAAGCUAACAAUGCCUGUGCUUUUUGUCAUUUUCUUUAAUAAAAAGUAGGCUUAUGGCAUACCUUCUCAUACCCCCUCAAUUCAAGUCCUGGUUUUAACUUAACAGCCCUUCACUGACACAGAGGUAGGCUUUUUAAGAGUGCAUGGUGGGUGGAGAAAUUGGUCGACAAAUUUAUGGAUAUAGCAGCCUAUAGCCUAAUUUUGUGUGUCAAAUAGGUAGGCCUACCUCUUAUUUCUUAAAUAUGAAGAAAUAGGGUCCAACACAAAGCCCUCUUGUUGUAAGUAAAGUCUAAUUAAAAUGAAUGUUGAAAUGAAUUAUGCCUACUCGAAUUUGCCUACUUUCAACACAAUGAGCUGUCCAUUUCCGAUUGAUUAUACCCCGGCUGCUGCUUCAAGUUUCAGCACCACAAUGUAAGUUACUCAAAUCUGGCUUAUUGUGAGGUCAAUCACUCUGAUAAAUACAUAAUGGACAAGAAACAUAUUGUUUUUAUUAAAAUCAAUUAUAGUAGUAGCAAGCUCUCAAAGUUGACCUCCGGUCCUCCUUCUCAUCUUCACGCUCUCCUUCUCAAACUGAACAGAACAUAGGCUAUAGGUUAGUCCGUGUUCUGGACUAGGCCUAAUCAAAAAUCAUUUUCAGAAGAAUUCUUUGACUCUCCUGAACUGCUACUGUAGGCCUACACAGCACAUCAUUGGUUAGGCAGCACAAAAAAUACAUUUUGAUCAGCAACAGCAGAGCAGGCCGGGGCUCAGGGUCGGAAUAUCCAUUGCAGUGUUUAAUGCAGCCUAGUUUUAUUUACACUAUCCCAGCAGCGCAAAAGACUCAGGAAGGAAGGACAUUUUCAUAGAAAUAUAACUUUGCUUUGUGCUUCUCUUAGCAUGGACUUCAUAGCCUAUAGGCUAUGGAUCAUUUGAUUGAGACCACACUAAAUAGCCUAUAGGAGCACUUGAUAUUGCGCGCCCAAAAGAGAAUCAGAAAUGAGGGGAGGCAUCAGGCACACAUCGAUAUAAGCAACUAAUUCUAAAACACUGAGAAAUAUUGAAAUUUCAGCAAUUACAAAUUACAUGACCCUCCCCGUGUCUAGAUUGAAAAAAAAAUACUAAACCCUCCCCUUGACUGAAAUUUAAAAAGCAUGACCCUCCCCCAUUUUCCUCCAGGUACCCAUUCUGUAAAUGUCGAUCCGUCCCUUAACACAUUUCUGUGAGCAACUUCCUUGCUGGCUGCCAAUAGUUGUACAGAGAGCAUAGUUGGCCAAUUAGUCAUAAUCUUCAAAAGACACUGAUGUCACUCAUCAUACUACUGUAGGCCUUUAAGAAGUUAUAUUCAAGUCUAAAUACGUGUUUUUGUUCUGUCGAUUCCAGUGAGAAUGUUGGAGAGUUGAUAAAUAACACAGCCAUUUUGGAACACAACACUUCCAGCAAGAGUACAUGUGCCACCUUCAGGAAUAUGGUAUGUACUGCAGCCUUGCUUUUACCAUGCACUGUCAAACUUCUUGUGUAGCUUCCUGUAAUGUCAUAUGUGCCUGGAUGUUUUUUAAUCAACCAGAUUUGAAGAUUUGAAAAAUAAAUCCUUCUCUAAGUCAUAAGGAAAUGUAAGAAAAAUUCAAAUUCUUAUAAUUAUGUCAAAACGAAAUUCUAAUUAAAAGUCUUUGUAAAGUGAUCUAUCUUGUUCUGUCGUUUCCUCCAGUCUAUAAAGAAGAUCAAGCGAGCAGACAGAAAGGGGUCGGAGUCUGUGACAGAGGAGAAGUUUGCUCUCUUCUUCACCACAGAGAUCAGCAUCACUGGCUGUGACAUUCCCUACAGAAUACAGGUCAGGUGUACUUCUCUCCUCUAAACCCUUUACCCCUUUGGCCUCUGUAAUGUUAAUAUUCAAUUCAAGAUUCAAUAACAGUUGUACAGACAGAUCAAAAGUACAGGUACAUGUCAAAGCUCGAAUGACACCACUUUUGGGUAACUUGGCAAUACAUAUUUUGUCUCUUAACGUCUUGGUAAUAGCAGUAUUAUAGCACAGCAGGUCUGAGACAUGCAGACAGGGUGACACGUGUUAUUAACCUGGUCCCAGAUCAGUUUGUGCUCUUGCCAACACCAUUGCUGUCAUUGGCAUGACAAUUCCAUAAGGAGUUGGCAAGAGAGCAGAAACAGACAGGCACCCAGGCUAAAAUGUUAUUAAUUUGAACUGCAAGAUAUACAGUAUCUCACGACACACUGUACAAGCAUAGUUUAGAUCCUCAAUGGAAAGGAAAGUGUAAGCAUUUGUCUUGAUUAUCAGUGAAUAGUAUGGCUGUACUGACAUGGUGUUGAUCUCCUGUGUGCUUGUAGAUGAUCUCUGUGCCAGUGGUGGUGAUAGUUCACGGUAGUCAGGAUAACAAUGCCCUAGCAACCAUCAUCUGGGACUGUGCCUUUUCUGAACCAGUGAGUGCCUGCUGCAUUUGGCCAUCUCUCGCUCUCUCUCUCGCUCUCUCUCUCUCGCGCUCUCUCUCUCUCUUGCGCUCUCUCUCUCUCGCUCUCUCAACUCUCUUCCCUCUCAUAUCACACCCACUAUCAACACAGUAGUCAAGUUAACAUUUUCACUAGACUAAACAGUAUGUCUGCCCACUUUUCUCACAACAUCAACAUUUGACCUCUAAUCUUAUGACGUCAUCAGGAAAGGAUUCCAUUUUUGGUUCCGGAACGCGUUCCCUGGAAGCAGAUGUGCAGGACCCUGAACAGUAAGUUCAUGUCGGAGGUCGGAACGCAGCGUUGCCUAGACAACUACAACCAACACUUCCUGGCCCAAAAGAUCUUUGACAAGCCAGACAUCGCUGGAGACUACAGCAACAUGCUGGUAUCCUGGGCACAGUUCAACAAGGUACACACACGCACAGACACACACACACACCAGUCUUUACCCACUGGGCACAAACUGGUUAAAUCAAUGUUGUUUCAAUGUAAUUUGUCAGCGUAUUGUGACAUGGAAUCUACGUGGAAAAUACAAUACGUGGAAAAUACAAUAACAAAAUGUGGAAAAAGUCAACUGGUCUGAAUACUUUCCGAAGGCACUGUAUGAAGGCUAUAGGCCUACUGUACACAGAGUAUACAAAACGUAUGAAAUCCACUUCAAUCAGUGUAGAUGAAGGGGAGGAGACAGGUUAAAUAAGGAUUUUCAAGCCUUGAGACAAAUGAUACAUGGAUUGUGUAUUUGUGCCAUUCAGGGGGUGAAUGGGCAAGACAAAAGAUUUAAGUGCUUUAAAACGGGGUAUUGUUGUAGGUGCCAGGCGCAACAGUUUGUGUUAAGAACUGAAAUGCUGCUGGGUUUUUCACGCUCAACAGUUUCCCAUGUGUAUCAAGAAUUGUCCACCACCCAAAGGACAUCCAGCCAACUUGACACAACUGUAGGAAGCUUUCCUCUCAAUCUUAAAUAAGCAUGCCUGUUAAGAUAAUUUAUUAACUAACUAUUUCAGUGUCUCUGUGCGUCUCCCAAAAGGUUGUAAGAUCUGCAAUAGCCAGGUGGUCUUUAUUCAGAGAACUCUGCCCAGAGAAUUCUGUUAUCACAAUUUCAGAGUCCAUCUUUUAUACAGACACGUCAUACAAAAAUCCCACCUCGCUUUAGCAGGGCUGUAUUUUUCCACUGGAAAACUGCUCUCCUGACCAUCAGGUCACACACACACACAUACACACACACACACACACACACACACAUUCUUAUCAUAGUCUACACCUUGCUCGGGCAGGCUGCAUUCCUUAGUUAUCGCCGUCCUCACAAUAUCCUGCAACAUAUUUCAUACUCUCUUCCAAGCCUAACGGUUUCUCUCCUCCCUAAAUUGGGAGGCCUCUUUAUCUUGGUUUCUCAAUUGUCUGUAGACAGUUCUCCUUGUCCUUUGUUGUCUGGUCUAACAUUGUUGUCAGCGGUCACAGAGAGACAGAUGAACAUCUUGAAUGUAUGUUUAGCAGAGAUCUUCUGUGUAUAAAGUGACGCGGCAGGGGAAAAAACGCAUCUAACGACGGACUUAGCUGUUCUGAGGCAGUCGGUAAAGCACAUUUUCAAGUGCAACUUUAGUAACGAUGGUUUUUGGAAACAGCUCAGAUAUUUAACGAUGAACUAGCCUUAAGAUGCUUUGGGGAAACUGGGCCCUGGUCAUUUGGUUGUGCUAUUAGACGAAGCACAGUGAUAACACAUUAAGUUGUUGUAUAAAUACAAAAUAUCUGACAUUGUAUUCCCAUUUGAACUUUGUUCUGCUUUUAAAUGGUUGAAAGUGCAGUAAUAACACAUUUAGAUGACAACUAAACCAAAAGUCAGACAUUGUUUUUCCAUUGGAACUUUAUUGUGCUUUUAGAUGGGUUGAAGCAUAGUGAUAACACAUUGGGAAUUCAACAAACUUCUGGCUGAGUGGGUGAAUAAAGGUUGAAAUCUCAUUGAUCAACGUCUCAACCAAAUAUUACCCACAUUUCCACGUUGAAAUUACGUGGUGUGCCCAGUGGGUAGGCACAAGGUCCUGUGCACCCACCACCUCUAGGGUAACUCCAUAUGCCACAUGGCCUAGAUGCACUGUACUGCAUUUACAAGAGCAUAUGAUUGCAAGUAAUAUUGUGGACAGAACAGAGUGAAAUGUAAGAAGCAGAGGGAUUGAACAGUGUAAUUUUGUUGGUCAGGAGGUGCUCCCUGGACGACCUUUCACCUUCUGGCAGUGGUUUGAUGGUGUGAUAGAGCUUACCAAGAAGCACCUGAAGAGCUACUGGAGUGACGGGUGAGUCAUGUCUGCCAGUCAGAGACAGAGCUAGGUCCUGUUCAUUAAGCACCAAAUGGAAGAAAACAGACUGAAACAGGAAAGGUCUACCUGAACUUUUCCAAUAAGAAACGCUUUUUUUCAUUUUUCUUGUAAAAUUGUUUUUGACAGUGAGAGACACAGAGAAGACCUGGUUUCGAAUAGUGUUUGAAAGAUUCAAGCCUGUCUUGAGUGUCAGAUGGACAGGGUUUGCACCUUUGGGACAAUUCCAUUGGUUCAAUCGGGCACAGUUAAAGUAUUUGAAAGAAAAUGAAUAUUAUUUGAACCCAGGAAUGACACAAAAGGAGCUAAUGUUUAAAGUCACAGUAGAGUGACUCACAUACACACACACACACAUAGAUAGAUUACUGUGUGUCCUGCUGUCUUCCGUCCUCUAGGUUGAUAUUUGGUUUCAUCGGUAAGCAACACCUCCACCUGAUUCUGAAGGACCGGCCCAACGGGACCUUCUUACUGCGCUUCAGCGACUCUGAGAUAGGCGGCAUCACCAUCGCAUACGUGGCUCCAUCUGAGAGUAAGGGUUUAGACCGUCCGUGUGUCUGUCCACUCAGAGUAACUGUACGACUUGGUUGACAGUCUCUAUUGGAGUUUCUGGUGCUCUGUUUUUCCAUUCUGACUGCUUACCUCUGGUAUGGAACACUGGAUUCCAGAAAGCCUGAGAUACAUUCCUAUCAACCUGGCCUUUCUUUCUCCCUCCUUUCGUCCCUCCCAACCUCCACCCUUCUUUCCAGACGGGGGCCAGAAGAUCCAGAAUAUUCAACCGUCCACCAAGAGAGACUUGGAGAUCCGUUCCCUUGGUGACCGUAUUCAAGACAUCGACUUCAUCACACACGUGUAUCCAGAUCUGCCGAAGAAUGACGUGUUCAGAAAAUACUACACAGGCAAGUCCUAUUUAUGAUGAGAGAGAGAGAGAGAGAGAGAGAGAGAGAGAGAGAGAGAGAUAAUUAUUUGUGAGAAGAAGCUUUGAAUUAGAGUAAUAUUAUGACAAUUGUACGAAUUCUCGGUUUAAAUGGGAAUUCCAAUCUUCUUCCCUGCCUCAUUUUACCAGAUAACCCGUUACCUCGGGAUACCACCUCGGGAUACCUCAUAGUCUCCAUCCAGACCAAAGUGGGAGUGUAAGCUAUAUAACAAACCAAGGGUCUAUCCCAAAUGGCACCCUAUCCACUAUGUAGUGCGUUACUUUUGACCAGGGUCGCAUUUGGGACACAACCUUGUUACCUAACAACUUUGUUAGCUAACAUGAUGUUGUUAAAAGCGAACUAUGUGUUGUGAAUUAUUGGGGUGUUUGUGUUUACAGGGAAGCCCUCUGUGAUUCUCCUCAGCGCAGUGAGACCCCACAAGACCACAAUUCCUCUCUCUAUUCCAUGUGAGUCUGAAUCACUCACUCACUCGCGCACACACACACACACACACACACACACACACACACACACACACACACACACACUCGCACACACACACACACACACACACACACACACACACACACACACACACACACAAACACACACACACACGUCAGGUGUGUCUGAAUCACUCACACACACACAGACUUUACAAGGUCUUCAUCAUUCUCUCUUAGGGACCAGGGGAAUGGAGCCAGCGCAUCACCGUUCUACUCUCUCUCUCCGUAAGUACCUUGUUAGUCAAUGUGAUAAACUAUACAGUGCCCGGAAGACACAUUUACUAGACGCUCUUGUCCAGAGCGACUUACAGUUAGUGCAUUCAUGUUAAGAUAGCUACAGUGCCGUGAAAAAGUAUUUGCCCCCUUUCUGAUUUUCUCUGUUUUUGCAUAUUUUUGAUUCUGAAUGGUAUCUUUAUCUUAUCUAAUCUUAUUAAUGGUAUCUUGUAUCUACAACCAAAAUCUAAUAUUAGAUAAAGGGAAACUGAGUUUACAAAAAAAAAAAAAUACAUACUUAUUUUAUUUAUUUCAUUAACAAAGUUAUGCAACACCCAAUGCCCCUGUGUGAAAAAGUAAUUGUCCCUUUACACUCAAUAACUGGUUGUGCCACCUUUAGCUCCAAUUACUUUUUCACACAGGGGCAUUGGGUGUUGCAUAACUUUGUUUAUUAAAUAAGUAUGUAAUUGUUGUGUUAUUUGUUCACUCAGGUUCCCUUUAUCUAAUAUUAGGUUUUGGUUGAAGAUCUGAUAACAUUCAGUACCAAAAAUAUGCAAAAGUAGAGAAAAUUAAAAAGUGGGCAAAUACUUUUUCAAGGCACUGUAGGUAAGACAACCACAUGUCAUAGUAAACAUUUUCCUCAACAAAGCAGCUCUCAGCAAAGUCAGUGCUAGUUAGAAAAGAAAAGACAAGUGUCAGUUCAAGACAGGCAAGUACAAAGGUAGUUUUGGUUGUCACACUUUUUGCUCUUAUGUGUAUUUCGCAGCACCAGUAUAUCUUAAUAGACUAAUUUCAACAUGAAUAGAAAGACCCAGGUCCUUUUAAUCCUCAUAUCUUAUUCCAACAUGAGGUUAUUAGUCAUCAAACACACUCGGUCCACUUGUGACAAACAGCCCCAUCAUGGGGUUGGAUGUCACACAGUGGUUGGUUGUCACAAUCAUUUCUAGUAGCUUAUUCUUUUUGUAACAGGAAAUUAAGCAAUAUAGCACACAGACUUAGAAAUAGCCUUUCUUUGAUCGAACAAUAUUCCUAACUCAAAUCAGUUUCUUAUGCCUUGAGAACAACAUGAUAUUAUGAGUAAAUGUGUGUGUUUAUGCAUGUGUGCGGUCUAUUCGUGUGAAUAUGUUUCAUGACCGGUAUACACCCACACCAUUCUGUUGUUGGGGUACACCCCCACCAUUCUAAUACAGAAAGUUGCUUUUUAACAUACUUAAUUUAAAACAUUUGGAAGGAAAACGAUUCCCCUCAUAUUGUAAUUAAUUAAAGGUCAUAUUUCAUGGGAAUCUGGAAACACUGGACAGUUACUUUAAAUCCCGGACAGACUCUGUUAGUUUUCAUGUGUUGACCCGUGACAGGACUCUAGCCUGAGUGCCAGUCUGUUUGUGCUAUCAUGCCAACUUGUUGUCACUCAUUGUCAUGCCAAUGGCUUGACAAUGAGCAAUGGAGUUGGCAAGAGCACAAACUUUUCAGGGACCAGGCUAACUUGACUCAUCUGUUUAAAUAACAGUUACAUAAUAGAAAAUACAGCACCUUGCAAAAGUAUACAUCCCCCUUGGCGUUUUUCCUAUUUUGUUGCAUUACAACCUGUAAUUUAAAUGGAUUUGUAUUUCAUGUCAUGGACAUACACAAAAUAGUCCAAAUUGGUGAAGUGAAAUGAAAAUUCUAAAAAAUAAAUAACGGAAAAGGGGUGCGUGCAUAUGUAUUCACCCCUUUUGCUAUGAAGCCCCUAUAUAAGAUCUGGUGCAACCAAUUACCUCCAGAAGUCACAUAAUUAGUUAAAUAAAGUCCACCUGUGUGCAAUCUAAGUGUCACAUGAUCUGUCACAUGAUCUCAGUAUAUAUACACCUGUUCUGAAAGGCCCCAGAGUCUGCAACACCACUAAGCAAGGGGCACCACCAAGCAAGCGGCACCAUGAAGACCAAGGAGCUCUCCAAACAGGUCAGGGGACAAAGGUGUAGAAGUACAGAUCAGGGUUGGGUUAUAAAAAAAUAUCCUAAACGUUGAACAUCCCACGGAGCACCAUUAAAUCCAUUAUAAAAAAAUUGAAAGAAUAUGGCACCACAACAAACCUGCCAAGAGAGGGCAGCCCAACAAAACCCACGGACCAGGCAAGUAGGGCAUUAAUCAGAGAGGUAACAAAGAGACCAAAGAUAACCCUGAAGGAGCUGCAAAGCUCCACAGCGGAGAUUGGAGUAUCUGUCCAUAGGACCACUUUAAGCCCUACACUCCACAGAGCAGGGCUUUACGGAAGAGUGGCCAGAAAAAAAGCCAUUGCUUAAAGAAAAAAAUAAGCAAACACAUUUGGUGUUUGCCAAAAGGCAUGUGGGAGACUCCCCAAACAUAUGGAAGAAGGUACUCUGGUCAGAUGAGACUAGAAUUGAGCUUUUUGGCCAUCAAGGAAAAUGCUAUGUCUGGCGCAAACCCAACACCUCUCAUCACCCCGAGAACACCAUCCCCACAGUGAAGCAUGGUGGUGGCAGCAUCAUGCUGUGGGGAUUACCCCACCCCACCCCCCAUCUCUUCCAGAGAUUUGAGACUGGAACAGAGGUUCACCUUCCAGCAGGACAAUGACCCUAACCAUACUGCUAAAGCAACACUUGAGUGGUUUAAGGGGAAACAUUUAAAUGUAUUGGAAUGGCCUAGUCAAAGCCCAGACCUCAAUCCAAUUGAGAAUCUGUGGUAUGACUUAAAGAUUGCUGUACACCAGCGGAACCCAUCCAACUUGAAGGAGCUGGAGCAGUUUUGCCUUGAAGAAUGGGCAAAAAUCCCAGUGGCUAGAUGUGCCAAGCUUAUAGAGACAUACCCCAAGAUACUUGCAGCUGUAAUUGCUGCAAAAGGUGGCUCUACAAAGUAUUGACUUUGUGGGGUUGAAUAGUUAUGCACGCUGAAGUUUUCUGUUUUUUUUGUCUUAUUUCUUGUUUGUUUCCCCCCAAUAUUUUUUUUGCAUCUUCAAAGUGGUAGGCAUGUUGUGUAAAUCAAAUGAUACAAACCCCCAAAAAAUCAAUUUUAAUUCCAGGUUGUAAGGCAACAAAAUAGGAAAAAUGCCAAGGGGGGUGAAUACUUUCGCAAGCCACUGUAGCUACAAAUAAAAUCUAAGUAUUUUGUAUGCUCUCAUCAGGCACAACCCGUUCCCGUCCUCCUUCCAGCUGCCCCCAGGACCCCUACAGGGGGUGAUAUACCCUGACCCCCUCUCCAACCCCAACAGACACUUCCCUGGACCGGACAUGUGAGUGACACCACACUGGAAGUAUUCACACCCCUUGACUUUCUCCACAUUUAGUUGUGUUACAGCCUGAAUUUAGAAUUGAUUAAAUUGAGAUGUUGCAUCACUGAUCUACACACAAUACCCCAUAAUGUCAAAGUGGAAUUAUGUUUUUAGAAAUGUUUAUAAAUUAAUAAAAAAUGAAAAGCUGAAAUUUCUUCAGUCAAUAAGUAUUCAACCCUUUUGUUAUGGCAAGCCUAAAUAAGUUCAGGAGUAAAAUGUGCUUAACAAGUCACAUAAUAACUUGCAUGGACUCCCUCUGUGUGCAAUAAUAGUGUUUAAUGGGCAAAAAAACUAACAGACAUUGAAUAUCCCUUUGAUGAUGCAGUUAUUAAUUACACUUUAGGUGGUGUAUCAAUACACCCAGUCACUACAAAGAUGCAUGCGCCCUUCCUAACUCAGUUGCCGGAGAGGAAGGAAACCACUCAGGGAUUGCACAAUGAGGACAAUGGUGAUUUUAAAACAGUUACAGAGUUUUAUGGCUGUGAUAGGAGAUAACUGAGGAUGGAUCAACAACAUUGUAGUUACUCCACAAUACUAGCAUAAAUGACAGAGUGAAAAGAAGGAAGCCUGUACAGAAUAAAAAAUGUGGCAAAGCAAAUCAUUUUUUGUCCUGAAAACAAAGCGUUAUGUUUGGGGCAAAUCCAACACAACACAUAACUGAGUACUACUCUUCAUAUUUUCAAGCAUGGUGGUGGCUGCAUCAUGGUAUGGGUAUGCUUGUCAUCGGCAAGGACUAGGGAGUUUUUUAGGAUAUAAAGAAAUGGAAUAGGCAAAAUCCUAGAGGAAAACCUGGUUCAGUCUGCUUUCCAACAGACACUGGGAGACAAAUGUACCUUUCAGCAGGACAAUAACCUAAAACAGAAGGUCAAAUAUACACUGGAGUUGCUUACCAAGAUGACAUUGAAUGUUCAUGAGUGGCCUAGUUGCAGUUUUGACUUAAAUUGGCUUGAAAAUCUAUGGCAAGACUUGUCUAGCAAUGAUCAACAACCAACUUGACAGAGCUUGAAGAAUUUUUAAAAGUAUAAUGUGCAAAUAUUGUACAAUCCAGGUAUGCAAAACUCUUAAAGACUUACCCAGAAAGACUGACAGUUGUAAACGCUGCCAAAGGUGAUUCUAACAUGUAUUGACUCAUGGGUGUGAAUACCUAUCUAAAUUAGAUAUUUCAAUACAAUUGAAAACAUUUCUAAAAACAUGUUUUCACUUUGUCAUUAUGGGGUAUUUAUUGUGUGUAAAUGGGUGAAGAAAAUAAGGAAUUUAAUCCAUGUUGAAUACUGGCUGUAACAACAAAUUGUAGAAUAAGUCAAGGGGUAUGAAUACUUUCUGAAGGCACUGUAUUUGACACCUCACUGGGACAGCACUUCAGACCCCUCCAUAUACUGUGUGUUUGUGUUUUCAGGUCCCAGGGCCAGCCUAUUGAGAUGGAGCUAGAGGAGAUUCUGAACAGACUCUCGGAGUAGGAGGAGGAGGAGGAGGAAGAG